AUGUUCUCUUUGGAGCUACUGCCAUUCACACAGAGUACUUUGGAGCGCCGUCUCUGGGGAGCUAGCUGCGUACGGCCUGUGAGAUCAUCCGUGCACACUGCUCUAAGCCGUUUUGGCAGAGUCAGCGAACGAGGCUCACUGAGGCUUUGUUCGACCGCUCACGAGCUUCCUUCUCAUCUAGCUUUUUCCAGCAUAUCUUCGAAGUCAAAAUACCUACUUAGUCACAACUGGCAGAGAAAAUCAUACGAUACGGCGCCGCACCAGCGUUGCCUCAGACGUGUUUUCCAGGAGCUUCCCAAGGGCUCUCCUGCAAACUCAUCAGUAUGCAACAGGCCAUCAGCAUGUUGGAGUGGACCAAAUAUACUUUUGGUCAACAAAUCUGAUCGUCUCUCUGAAAAGCUGGGCCGUCACCCUCGUUGGUUCACCACCACCCACACUUCAUCAUCACGCCUGUGGCUUGCAAGGUUCCCAGAAAGCCCUACAAUUUGGACGAGACUAUUUAAGGGAGGUGCACAUGGAACGGGCGGCUCAUUGCAGGAGGUAGUGCUACCUUGCCGCCCAGGGACAGUGAGUUUGGCCCUUGGGACCGCAGAUGUGCUGGCGCUGUCGGAUGGCAGCCUCUUCGGGGCCCCACUGAGUUUAGCAAGGGUUCAAGAGGAUCGGCCAGAGCCCUUGGCGCUACGUGAUAUUACACCAGAGCCCGUAGAAGCGGGAGGCAUUUCGGUUAACGACUUUAAUCGGCAUUGUAGUAUGGGCGAGGAACUGGGCAUUAAUUUGGCGCUGACAAAUGCGGCAGCUGAUGGCUUCCCCAUGCAUUUCGAGACAGACACACAUGUCCGAUUUGUCAAAGUGGCUGCCGGGAAGCACCAUUUUGCUGCAUUAUCGUCACACGGGAUCUUAUACACAUGGGGAAAGGGUGGCACGUGGGGUGCUGGGAGUCCAUUAGGGCAAGGAGAUAGAAAGAACCGGUCUCGGCCAACACCAGUAGGCCAGUUUGUUAGGGCUGGAGAGUUUGUGGUGGAUGUGGCGUGUGGGGCUACAAGCACAUGCGUAGCCACAAGUUCAGGCCGAGUGUUUAGUUCCGGGGCGGCAGACUACGGAGUAAAUGGCAGUGGAAUGCUCAUCAGCAGCAGAGUCUUUCGGGAACUGGAGUUCUUUAGGGGGCUACUCUCCCCAAAGCUUCUUGAGGCCCAGCGUCUCAUGGAAGAGGGGCAGCUGAAGGAACUUGAAGCGCUCAGGGAACGUUUCGAUCAGGAGGGAGUCAACCUGUCUCACCUCCCGAUGAGGCCUUUCGAUGCUUUUCAGGAAGCACCGGAGGACUCUACUUGCAAAAACACUACACGCUGUCGGGGUUACUCGGUGACUGGCCACUUGGGGCUCCCAAAGGUGAUGUGUGGUGCUGACCACUGCGGUUUGUUGACCCCUGAGGGAGUUCUCUGGAUGUGGGGACGAAACGACUGUCUACAGCUUAGCAAGGAGAAGUCAGUGAUGGCGUCUGGCGGGGAGUCUAACUACCCGCUGUUAGUGGAUUUCUUUACGCGCUCAGAUGUGCCGCUAGGUAGCUGUGCUUUAGGCCCUAACCAUACCGUUGCUCUUGCGAAAAGCGGGAUGGUAUACGAGUGGGGAGGUCGUAGUGCGGAGUCCCCUCACCCUGUUGACUUGCACUGGAGUUACCCAGAGAGCAUUUUCAAAGACUGCGUGAUGAAAGUUGCUGCUGGGGGCUUUUCAAGCUCAACCGCUUUCUCUGUUGCCCUUACAGGAAAAGGAGAGGCAUUCUUUUGGGGACCAGGGGCUUCGAUGCUGCCCCUUGGUGUCAGCCCAGCGUAUGACCAUAUACCACAGCUGAUCAAUGCAGCCUUGCCUACCCAGGAAUCAGAGCGUGAAGAUGACACGGGAAGGGUCCGGAUACGUGACAUUGUUGCUGGGCCCUGCGGCUGCCUCCUGAUGACCACAGAUUCACUGUCGCCAUGCUUUGUUAGGUAG